AUGGCGCCGGUUGCCGCGCCUCUCCCUCUCCCGGCGUCCUCCCUCUCUUCUCUCUAUUUAAGCUCGACACCGCCGGAGACCUCGACGUCGUUCCCCGUCCUCCCCUUGAGCGCCGUCGACCUUUCCCCGCGUCGGCGACCUCCUCUGCUGCCUUGGCCGAGCCCUGCCCGACGAACUCGACCGCGGCUGACCCCUGCCGGUCCUCUGCUCGUCGUCGCCUCUGUUCCUUGUCGCCGGCAAGCAGCUCGUCGUGACGCCCGUGGCCGCCUCGACGUCAUCCCCUGCUCCGUUCGACGACCCGAGGCCGUCCCUGCCUCCCCUGGGCCUUCGUGCUCGUGCUGUGCCGUGUCACGCGCCAAAGCCGUCUGGUUGUCCCUUCUUCGUGCCCAAAGCCCCACGGUCGUGGCUCCCUGCUUCUCUGAAACUGAUUGUGUGGUAGAGGACCCAAAUACGUUUGAAGACGACACGCAGGACGAUUUUGUGCAAGAAACUGAUUGUGUGGUAGAGGACCCAAAUACGUUUGAAGACGACACGCAGGACGAUUUUGUGCAAGGCAAGUGGAUUCUCCCUCUGCAUAUUCUGUUUGUACCUACUCAUUGCAUAUAACAAUGUUUACUUUUCGAUAUAUUGCAUAAUUUGAUGGGCUUACCUAAUUAAGGAUUUCCUAGAUUUACUACCUGUAUUCCUUGUUUAAC